AUGGAGACCUCGUCAACUUUGAAGAUAUUAUCAGGGCCCAAGAGAAUCUUAGUCUCCGCCAUCCAGGGAACCGAAUGGGUCAAGUACAGACAGAAGUGGCCCGCGAAGCUGGAAGCGGAAAAGAAAGCAAAAAAGAAAGACGCCGGCAAGGAGAAUGGAGAAGACGGGCAUUGUGACAGCCAGAAUCAAAAUGGCCAUGAUGAGACUAAUUCGGAUAAGAACGGACACCAGGACGAAGAAGGCCAAGAGAAGCCGGAAAACAAGUACUCCCACCACGAGCUUGCGCUUCUUCGGGGACUGGAACACGAGAGCGACUACAUCAAGAAGCUUGAAACUAACGACGGAAAACGGGAGUCUCCUCAAAAAAGCCACCGAGAGCACAUUGCCAUAGACGAAGCCGACCAAUUCACCCCUGACAACUGGCUCCCGCGCAGUCCUGAGCUUACUCGCCUCACUGGGAAGCAUCCCCUCAACGCCGAGCCCCAGCUCACGAAGCUCUUCGACGCGGGGCUGAUAACGCCGAAUGAGCUACACUACGUCAGGAACCAUGGCCCCGUCCCUCGCCUUCUUUGGGAAUACCACACCCUCGACGUGGAGAACGGCAGACUCGUCCUGACAAUGGACCAGCUCAAGAACAAUUUUGACACGGUCAACAUCCCAGUCUACCUCGCCUGCGACGGCAACCGCCGAAAGGAGCUCAACCUCAUCCGCAAGUCCAAGGGCUUCAACUGGGGCGCCGGCGGAGGUAGCUGCGCCUACUGGAAGGGUCCCCUCCUCAGAGACAUCCUCCUCGCAGCCGGAACCCUCGACGAACUCAGCAAAACCAAGCGAUACUGGGUCAACCUCGAAGGCGCAGACGAGCUAAGCGAAGGGAAAUACGCCACCAGCAUCCCCUUCGACUACGCCAUGGACCCGAUGAAUGACGUCCUCCUCGCCUACGAGAUGAACGAUGUCCCCCUGCCCCCCGACCACGGCUACCCCGUCCGGCUCAUCGUCCCGGGCUACGUCGGCGGGCGCAACGUGAAAUGGCUCAAGCGCAUCUGGAUCUCCGAGACGGAGAACGCCUCGCACUACCACAUCUGGGACAACCGCGUGCUGCCGUCCUUCAUCACCUACAUGGAGAGCGCCCUCGCGGAGACCAUGUUCCGGCACCCGAGCACCGCGUGCAACGAGCAGAACCUCAACUCGGUCAUCGUGUGCCCUGAGCAGGGCGAGAGGAUCAGCCUCGCGGACGCGCAGGGGAGCAAGGUGUACCGCGUCCAGGGGUUUGCGUACGACGGCGGCGGGCAUGAGGUGCAGAAGGUGGAGGUGUCGCUGGACGGCGGGGAGACGUGGUUGUACUGCAUCUGCGAGUUCCCCGAGGCGCCGAUCCGGCAUGGGAAGAAGUUCUGGACGUGGCUGCAUUGGCAUGUGGGUGUGCCGCUGGCGCAUCUGAUCCAGGCGAGGGAGAUCAAGGUGCGCUGCUUUAAUGUGUUUAAGAACACCCAGCCCGAGAAGCCGGCAUGGAAUCUGAUGGGGAUGAUGAAUAACUGUUGGUAUGCGGUCAAGUCGGAGAUUGUGGGGGCGGAGGAAGAAGGGGGUGCUGCUUGUGUGUUGUUCCGGCAUCCUGUUGAGCCUGGGACGGGGGAGGGAGGGUGGAUGAAGCCUAGUGUGGUGAACCAGGUGGAGGCGGCUAAGCGUGAUGCUGGGACGCCGCAGAAGCAGUUUACGAGAGAGGAGAUUGAGAAGCAUGACAAGGAGGAUGACUGCUGGAUUGUCGUGGAUGGAAAGGUGUAUGAUGCAACGUCGGUUAUGGCGUGGCAUCCUGGAGGUAAGGCGCCGAUUAUGGCGCAUGCUGGAAGGGUGCACCAGGAGGCGACGGAGGAGUUUGAGAGUAUUCAUGAUGGGUUCGCCUAUGAGAAGUUGACCGAAUGCUUGCUCGGUGUUGUCACCGACAAGGCCAAGAACUUCAUUAAGAAGAAUGCCGAAAAGGCAGCGGCCGAGAAAGCCAAGGACAACAGCAACGAGAAGCGGGCGCUGCAAAAGCACAAAUGGAUUCCAACCAAGCUUAUCAACCGCAAGGCGCUUUCAGACGAUACAUUCUCCUACACCUUUCAACUACCAGACCAUCAAGCAGUUCUGGGACUGGGAACUUGCUAG